UCACACACUUGACAGUUUUGUUUACCGCCAAUUUUGCUGUUUUAGUUGUUGACGACGUUGACGUUGUUGUUGUUAGAAAAAUAUUAAUUUAUUUUAUGUGAUGACGGAAAGAAAACGACACCGAUAAUUGUAUUAAGUAAUGUCCACUGUGCUUAAGCCAAUUAUCGGAGAUUGGGAACUGCAAGAAAAACCAAGUAAUAGAAUAAAUAAACAAUUUGCUACUACACGGCAUAAAACAGGGCAUGGAAUAAGAUAUAAAGAAAAUAGUUUUAAACAUAAAUGCAAUAAAGCACUUAAAAAUAAGUUAAAAAAAUAUAAACUCAGAAGAGAUGGCAAAGAAGAUCCAGAUGUUAUAAAUGUGUCCCACAUAUUUCAGACCGCUUUAAAAAUAAAAUCUCCAAGUAUCAAUAAUAAUGAAGAACUAAAUAUCUAUGAUAUAGAGAGACCAAAGAAUUAUCUGUUCAAAAUGGUGAGAAGAAAGAAAGACGUUGAAAAUGGCAAGUCCAUUAAAACAUUGUUUAAGGAGCUUCCCGAAAAAAAUGAACUUAUACACAUUCCAGAUGUAUGUACCGAAAUUACUGGAAAAGAAAAACAGUCUCCUAACAGUCAAGAUAAAAAACAUACCAAUGCUUUCAAAUUGAUGAUGGAAUCUAGAAAUAAAAGUAUUGGAGGCAAUUCACCUGGUAAAGAAAAACCGAUCGAUGAAGCUGAACUACAAAUAAAAACAGAAGAAAAAAACACUAAAGCUAAGAGACUUUUAGUUUUACAAAAAAUGGCAGAACAGAAAGGAUCUCUUAAGAAAAAAGAAACAGAGGAACUUCUGGAAGAAGCUAUCAAAAGGAAAAUGGAUAAAAGAGCAGAAAGAUUGACUAAAAUGAUAGUUAAUAAUGGCAGUAAGAAAGUGAAACCCAAAAAAGAACAUUCAAAAUUAGCCACAAAGGUAGCAGACACUAAAAUGCCUACAAUUGAUAAUGUAAAAGAGCUUCCUGAAACACUACCAAUAAACAAUAAAAACAAUGGUGCACUCCAUUUAAUUAAUAUAUUCGAUGAACCAACUAGCGAGUCAAAUAUUACAAAGGGCUUAAAAGAAAAAUGCGUACCCAAAGAAGAUUUAGAAUUUUUAAAAAAGCUAUCUCCUUCAAUUAGAAAGAAGGAAAAUAUGCUUUGUUAUUUUAAAAAGAUUGAUAAAGAUAGUGAUUCCUCACCACCUCUUACCACUGAUAACAAUGAAAUGAGUCCUAUAAUAAAAGUCAAGUUUGGAGCCAGAAACAAGAAGAAACUAAAAAAGAAAAAAAUAAGUUUAAAUGAUAAAAAAUCUCUCAACUUAAAGGAUAAGAAUACAUGUGAAGAAAUCGCAGAUGUAGGCUCAUCUUACACACCCACUAAAAAUAAUAAUGAGUCCGUUGUAACUGAUAUACCUGCAGAUAAUAAAAACGAGUCUGUUGUAACCAAUACUCCUAUAGAAACUAAAAAUGAGUCGAGAAAACGAAAGCGCGAGCAACUCUCUAAAGAAGAAAACACUCAGAUUGUUAAAAACACUGAAUGUCUUAAUGAAUCUGUGGAAGUAAAUGAAAUUAAAAAUGAAAGACCAAAGCGAAAUGUUAAAAAGCCUAUACAAUAUAAAGACGAUUUUCUCCUGUCUAGCUCAGAUGAAGAGUAUAAUAUAUUUACUCCAAAAAAGAAAAAGCAUAGUGAUAAAAAAACUGAUACUCCAAAAUUGAUCAAAGAGCCUAAAUCCAAAACGAGUGAUGGAGCAAUAAAGCCAAACAAUAAAAAUAUUAAGAAAUCUGCAAAAAAUAAUGAUGUUAAUAAAAAUACCAAUGUUAAGUUGGCUCCCAUAUUUGCACCUAAACCACAGUUAGACCCAGUAGCAUUAGAAGCAAAACAAAGAUUUCUUCAGAGUGGUGUGCCAGAAACAUUAAAGAAAAUUGCAAAAAAACUCAAACAAGUAGAGACAGAAAGUAACUGUUUUCCUACUGUUGUCCAUGUACAGCAAAUGGAAGACUCUAAGAAUGAUAUAUCUAGCAGCCCAAUGAUUGAUUCAUUCAGAUGCGAGUCACCUGAUGUGAGCCCAGUGAAAUGCAGUGAUAAAAUAUUCAAAGCUAUAUUAAGCCCUGAAAAACCUGCAAAAAAUUCACAUGUUGCACAACCAGAUAACAACACAAGGAAAGUUUUACAAAAUAUUAAAUUGUCAUAUCCAAAAUUUCCAGUUUACCGUACAUAUCAACUAUUGAAAGAAAAAAGCAAAGGAGAGUUUGGAGACUGCAAUAACUUUCCUGAAUUUGACAACAGCGUAGAAAUAAUAAAUAAUACAGUAGAUAUUAAUAAAGUACAAGUAGAUAAAUUGAAUUGGACAGACAAAUAUAAGCCUAUGGUUACUAGUCAAAUAAUCGGAAACUUUGAAACUACAAAGGAACUAAAAAAAUGGUUAGAAUCUUGGUCUGCAAAUAACGACAAACGAAGAAUGAAUGCUGCUGACUCUGACUCAUCUGAUUUCUACCAUUCGGAUACAGACAGCAGAGACAGUGUAAAUACCAUUGACAAUCUUCUUAUUUUGACUGGCCCUACUGGUUGUGGGAAAACCUCCUGUGUAUAUGCGGUAGCUGCGGAUCUAGCCAUCAAAGUAAUUGAAGUAAAUGCCAGUAGUAAGAGAAAUGGCAAAAUAAUGUUACAGGAUUUACAAGAGGCUACCCAGUCCCACAAAGUCAACAGAGGAAAAGGUACUAACUCCGAAAAUUCUCAAAAACCCCAGGAGAUAGCUGAAGUUGAUUUAACUAUUAAAGCAAAGAAACGAGGAAGGCCUAAAAAAGUUAAAAAUGUUGUAACAACUAAACAAAAAUGUGAUACAGGCAGUCAAUCAACUAAUAGCCAAGAAUGUACUAGAACUGGAAUGUCACUUAUUUUGAUUGAUGAUGCCGACAUUGUGUUUGAUCAAGAUGACGGCUUUUGCUCUGCUAUUAGUCAAUUAGUUCAAUAUUCCAAACGACCAGUGAUAUUGGUUUCAAGUACCUUAGUUUGUCCGCAUCUACAAAGGUUUUUGCAGAGCGCGAAAAUUAUGACUAUGAAGCCACUUUUACCCAGAAUGCUUGGCACAUGGCUAGACAUAAUGUGCUUAGCUGACAGUGGCACAUGUUGGCCAGGCCUAGGCUCAGUCUUAUUAGACUUAUACAAAGGGGAUAUUAGGAAAACCAUAAAUUGCCUUCAAUUCUAUGCAACUACCCACACACAAGGGACUAGGCAAAUAGAAGAAAAUUCACAAAAUAUAGAGGCCUUAAGUGAUGAAUCUUCAAGUGUGUCAUGGGCUGGAUCGGAAAACCAAGACGAACGCAACUUAGCAUGUGAAAGUAUACAGUUGGGUGACACGUUGUGGAAAUAUUUUAUGGAAAGACAAUCGCAAUUGCUACACAUCAGGUUUCCUUCCGACUUGUGGCAUGUAUGGUGGAAUAUACCAAGCUUUUUAAUGACUUCUCAAAAUGGGACACAGGAAAAUAAUAAACAUAAGCAAACCCGUGAACUAGAAGAAGUAGCAAAUAUUUUUGACAACAUAUCUGCAGCAGAUUAUUUUGGACGUCUAAGACCAGAUACAAAGACGAAUAUUUGUUCUCAACCGUGGUACUCUUCCGAAUGUGAUAGUUCUUCAGAAUUCGAAAACUUUAACUAUUACAACAAAAGCUAUGAUGUUGCUGAUGACAUAUCGAAGACGUUUGUAGUCAGAUCGAUUUGCAACACACAGAAGUGCUUACAAUACAAUGAAGAAUUGUAUGUGAGACCAACUAGUAUGGCAGUGCAAAGGGAUAGAGAUAGAAUAGUCAAACGGCAUGACAGCAUAUCAACUCAUCUAAGCACAGGCGCAACACUGGACAGGAGAGCCCUCGCUUUAGACUACUGGUCGUCCUGCCGGGCGAUAUGCAGGUUUGAAAAAGAGAAAACUGACACUAACUCUAAAAGAAACAAUCGGUUUUGUCACUACCUUAGAUCUCUUAAAAUAAUGUGCAAGAAUGACGUGUUCGAUAAACUCGGCGGAAGUUUACAUAUCAAAGGGGACGAUUCUAAUUAGACUAAUAAGGUACGUUAACUCCAUAACGUAUUUUAAGAUGGUUGUACAUGUAGAGAUUUUCGAACUGAAAAUGAAAUUAGUUUGUGUUUUCGGAUUGUAAAAGUAAAAUUCACCGCAUAACUAGUGCGCUGCUGUGUACUCACAGCUACUAGUAACGUAGUCACUCGCCGAAGAGAUCUUUCAUCAAUGUUAUUAGCCUCAAAUGGGUCAUUCCAGCGAAAACGACACCACAGGUGAUAAAUUCAUAAACUGUUUUACUUUGAAAUCAAUAUGUAGAGGAAAGUUCAUGAAUCAUAUUUUUAGGAAUCAAUAAGUUUGAUUCGAAUUUUAAUCGCUUUUGCAUUUUAAUAAUUUUGGAACGUGCCUAUAGUAGUAGUUUUGAUUAUACCGUCACAAGGUGCUGUCCCACCCGUCACAAGAUAUGAGAAGCAUUUUUAUAUUUUUUUUUACAAAUUGCAUAAGUUUCAUUGCAUAAAUUAUACAUGUAUUUACUUCAGACAAUCUCAGAAACAAUAUAUAAAAAAGUUGUUUAAUAAAAGUUGCAUAGUUUGUUACAAUUUGCGAAGUGUCUCAGUGCUCUCGCAGAGGAGGGGUCAUGAUGUCCCACCCGUCACACUUCUAAUACCAUCUACUUCUAAUACAAAAAAGAAACAUUUUAUCACUUUUUUUAAAGAUGAAGUAUGAAAUGAUUAUUUGGGUAUAUGAUUAUAUAGUAUUUAAUACAAAUAUUGUAGUUGUUAGGAAGAAAUAUAAAAAAUAAAUUAAUGUCCCACCCGUCACUUUGGAAUGACCCAUAUGUUUGUACGGGUAGUGUAUUAUUUCGGUUUAAUUUGUUAAUUAUAAUUAGCUCUUUAUUAAGUCACUUUGUAUAGAUAAAUUGAGGAAACAUUGAUUUAAUUCCGGAUUUUUAUGAAUAUGUAUUGUAUGUUUACCUAAUUAAUUUUACUUAUUGUAAUUUUCUAUAUUUUUUUAACCAUUACUUUUUUUCUAAAUAAAACUUGUGGCUUCUUCUUAACAAUCAAAUUUUUGUGCUUGCUACUUUAACUACUAUAGUAUUCUUGCAUUUCGAUUUUAUUAAGUACCUCUUUCUCCACUCAUUAUCGUCAUUUCAAUUUUAUGUCAGUAAUAAACAUUAUUUAUAUCAUAUAACAAAACGAAGAUAUCGUGCAAUGUUAUACAUUUUAUUUGACAUGGUGGGGCAGUAUCGUUUGUGGCGAGCCCUUGAAGGAAUUAGUAAUGGAGUACGCAUCGCUACAUCUUUCCUAACAAAAAAUCUGCCGUUUUUCGAGGGGGGCGAGGUAGCACACAUAUAAAGAAACUAACUACAAAUGCAUCUAUUCCUCUCGUUACUACGCACCCAUACUAAAACAAUACAACAACACUGUUAAAUUAGCACACUAUAGGAGUAGGCAAUAUACAAUUUAGAAACCAUGCGUUGUAUUUUUCAAUAAUUGAAAUACUACCGAAAGUACCGAAUAAAGCACUGUUUAGUUAAACAUAGUUACAUCGAUGAAUUUUACUAUGGAUACAAUUAAUUAGUUAAUGUACUAUGGAAACAAUUAAUUAAUUAUUUUAUCCUCCUGCCUGAGACCCAGAAGCAUUUGUUUUGUUUUUGAAUUUGGAACCCUUAGUUACUCAACAAAAGUUCAAAAUAGAUUUUGGAAUAUGUACAAAAAUUUGUACGCGGGGUCUUAGGAGGUUAUGUCAAAAGAAUAUUUCAUUUCUCAUCGAUAUUUUACCGUAAAGAAUAACACUCUCAGCACUAUUUUAGUCUAACGCACACUGCAAUACGUAGUAUAAAUAUUCAACCUUAAAUGCUUUGAAAUAAGCUUCAUUAUCGGACUACGGCUACAGUACUUAAUUCACGAAGGCUGAUAUUUGCUUGUAAUUUCAUACAACAUUUCAAGGUCAGUAGACCUUAUUAACAUUAAAUACGGUGACAUUUGAGAUGUCAAACUCUCUAUCAGUCAGAAAUCAGAAUCAAAUACGAUUUCUAUGCGAUUUUUUUCAAACUGAUCUUGUAAUCGAUUCUAGAUGCCUUGUUUCGUUGAAAGCGUUUGAUGUUUUAAUAUGCUAUAAUCAAAGCAAAAAUGUAUUUAACUGUAAAAUCAUAAAAUGAUAUUCCAUCCUCUUGUAUAUUUGAUGUAAUUGAUCGCUUUUUACACCCAUAAACAGCACAUGCAUGCAUUUUGACGCGCGGAAUACGAUCGCAAGACUGUCAAUAAUCGAUGAAUGAAGUAGUUUUUAUAAAAUGGUUUGAAAAUUGUUUCGGUGUUUUUGGCAGAGGGGAAACGACAUGAUGGCGUCUCCAUUACUAAUUCCUUCAAGGGCGAGCCUAACAGAGGGCCUACCGCGAACCACGUUCGACGUGUUG